UUGUGCAAUGCAUAAAUUUUUAUAUCUUAAAACAUUUAUAAAUUUAAAAUAUAAAUAAAGUAUGGCUAGUAUAGAAUUAGACAUAUGGCGAGGAGAAUGGGGUUUAGCUUCAAUUGAUUUAGAAUGCCUAAAAGUUUUGACGUAUAUGAAAUUUAUCGGCGUGCCUGUUAAAGUCAGAGAAGUCAGUAAUCCAUUUUUCACACCAAAAGGCACUCUUCCAGUCGUUAGGGAUGGGAGGAAGGUACUGACAAAUUUUGAAGAAGUUGUUGACUAUCUGAAGACUUUGCAUUACAGCACUGAUCUUCAUUUGAACACAAAACAGGCAGCAGAAGCCAGUGCUUUCACUCAAUAUUUGAAAGACAAGUUGUAUCCAGCUUAUCAGUACUGCUGGUGGGUAGACGAGAAGAACUAUGGAGAUUUGACCAGACCCACAUAUGCGAAGGCCUUGCAGCUACCAUUUAAUUUUUACUACCCAUCAAGAUAUCAGAAUGCCGCCAAAGACAUGAUAGAAGCUCUGUUUGGAGAACACGCAGACUUGAGAGAAAUCGAAAGAACUGCAUUUCUUGAAGCAGAAAAGUGCCUUAAAACUUUGUCGGACAGGCUCGGGGAGAGCGAAUAUUUCUUUGGAAACCGACCUACGUCAUUCGAUGCUGUUGUGUUUGCUUACCUGGCACCUUUGGUCAAAGCACCCUUUCCAAAUCCCACACUAGCUAAUCAUGUUAAAGCAAUUAAUAAUUUGAGUAGGUUUGUGGCAAGGAUUAGUCAGAAAAAUUUUAGAAAUGUCACAGACGAAUACAACAAGCAGAAUGCAAAAAAGAAGUCAGCGGGCACACAGUCUGAGAGUGAAAUAGCAAAUUUUCCAAACCAGACAAGAAAUAAAAUAUUAGCAGCACUGUUUGCAGCUAUUGCUAUGACUGGCUUUGCUGUUGCUAAUGGAAUGUUCCAAGACAUGAAAGAAUUCCAGCAUUCCCAAGACUACAGUGAGAUGUUUGAGAAUGAAGAAGACAACUGACACUAGCACCUCUGGAUCAUAAUACCAUCACGCUGGCCAAGAGAAUACACCUCAUCAAAUUUAAUUAGUGCACUUUCAUGCAUUUUCAUAUCACAUAGUGUAUAUUGUGCUAAUGGUGACUAUGAACGCCAAAAAUGAAAUGUUUAAGCCAUAUGAAAUUAUAUUUGUUCAAAACGUUUGUUCCAAAAUUUUAAAACUAUUCUAAUGUAAAUUUUAAAGUAUAAAAAUUGUGCAUUAGAGUUCCUAAAUAUAAAGAAAUAUAUUAUAACCUCCUUACUAAUAAAAAUAAUUACUAUACAGAAGAUAAUACUUGUAAGUUCUAAAUAAGUAAAUACUUCUAAGUUCUAAAUAAGUAAAUACUUCUAUUAGUAAGGAGUAGAAGUCAAAUUGUACUAACUUGAAAAGUCAUUACGAAGCAUGCAUUUUAUCUGAUCAUUGUAUUUAUCAUGCAUUUUACGAGAAAGCAUUUAAACUAGUUUUAAUGGCUAGGUUGUCAAUUGUUUGUGAAAAGAUUGUUUGUGAAUGCUUGCUACGUGGGUAGAUUCACAUUUUGUUAAUAAAAGUGAUUUGGUUUGUUGUUAGGUUAUUAAA